CCAGCAACACCAUCGUUCUAAAGUGACGCACUCGGCGGUCAUUGGAAAUGCCCAGUUCAUGGAAAAGUAAUGCUUUAGGUGUAAUAAUACGUGCAUGGUUGUUCAAUUCGGGAUUUCACGACUCGCUGUCGGAUAGAGUGGAAAUAUCUACCCCACUGAAUUCGUGGAAGCGAGUGAUUGAAGGUGCUUAUCUCCAUCAGAGGUCUCAAUCUCCUUACGAAGGAGAUGUGUUCCAUGAAACUCCAACGGGGCUCGUUUUCUAUACUUAUUUAUUAAAACUGAAUUUCAAUGUCCUGCAAGCAGUAUUCAUUUUGUGUGAUGUCCUUACUGCAUUUGUGUUGACUGAAGCAACCAGGAUAUUUUUCCAAGAUAUUGUUAAAGAUCAGCAGAACAAAAAGAAAACUUACCAUAAAGAUGCCAAAAAGAUUACGCUGAAGAAAGAAGAAGUUGCUAAAGUUCCCCAGUAUGUCACAGCUGCUUACCUGUUGAACCCGUACAUAGUGUGUAGCUGUGUAGCAAUGACAACCACAGUCUUUGCAAAUUUGAUUCUAUCCUUGACACUACUGGCAAUGGCCAAGAAGUCCAGAGUGCUCUCAACUUGCUGUCUUGCCUUUGCCUCCCAUCAGAGUUUUUAUCCAGUUAUGCUCGUGGUACCCAUAGCCAUCGCAACAGCCAAGGAGAAACAAUUGUUCAAGUCAGUCUUUCUGACCAUCUCCAGUUUUGCAUUCUUUACAGCAUUAUUGCUGGGGUUCUCUUACCAUUCUACGGGAAGCUGGCGGUUCAUCGAAUCUACUUAUGGUUGCAUCUUGAAGGUGCCUGAUUUGACACCCAAUAUUGGUCUCUUCUGGUACUUUUUCACCGAGAUGUUUGACCAUUUUUAUCUUUUCUUUACUUACGUAUUCCAACUCAACCCUUUCAUCUACGUCAUUCCACUUGCUAUACGAUUCGAUGAUAACGUUCCUUUGUUGAGUUUCACUCUGUGCGCGAUCAUGGCCAUUUUCAAAUCCUACCCUUCGAUAGGUGACGUCGGAUUCUACUUAGCCCUCUUACCCCUUUGGAAUCACCUAGUCCCUUAUUUUAGGCACUCUUUCAUCGUCGGUUGUAUUUUCUUGGUAACUUCGGUCCUUAGUCCCAUCCUUUGGUACCUGUGGAUCUACACUGGUUCUGCCAAUGCUAAUUUCUUCUUUGCCACUACGCUGGCAUUUGCUACAGCUCAGAUUUUUCUUCUGACGGAUGUACUGUUCGCCCAAGCCAAAUAUGACUACCAUCUCAAACACGGUAUCGACUUAAAAAUCAACGGGAAAGAAGGAAUGCUAGUCUUGGAAUGAUGGCCAUGAUUGUGUAUUAUUAUUGAUAUCAUAUACAGCCAAUUUUCUCUA